CAGAUGACAGUCAUGCCUAACCAAACAAACCUAUAAGCCCUAACGACUACAAACCCUCUGUUCAUCGCUGUUGCACCCACGAUCCAUGCCACCGUCGUAGAUCCUCUCUCUCCACGUUGCAGUUGCCCUCAAUGAACUUCGCUCUAUGUCGCCACCACCACUUCUUUGAUCUAGGUCGGCACCUCUAUUCACAACCGUCUCUGCUCACAACCGUCUCUUCUUCUCGUCACAGACCAGUUGUUCCUCACAUUAGCAGUUAACCAAAGAUAUCGAUUAGAGCUUAGAAGUAGGUCGAGUUCCAUUCGACGGUCAUCUCUAGCUGUUGUAUCUUACGCUCAAUCGCAGGUUGUCUCUUACAGUCGGUUAUCUCUGUUCAAUCGUUCACCAUCCCUGCUAAAUCGACUCUGCAACUACGAUUCUAAAACCGAGAACUCUACAAGUCUUUAUGUCUUUAUCAGUUUAUUGUUGUAAAUAUGUGCACGACAAUCCUGAGGAUAUCACAAAAGAGGAAGCUUGUUUGGCCGCUAACCAUGUGAAAGGACCGGACCUUACAUCAAGUGGUUUCUCCAAAGGCUUGGUCAUGAAGGUGAAUGAAUUUGCUACACAUGUAGUUGGUUCCCUUCUAACCGAAGCUAGUGAAGGAGCUACCAAUCUUCAUGUAGACCAUGGAGUUGGUGACCAAGACCUUUCAAUGGCCAUGAAUGAAACGUCAGGGUCAAGUCUUAUUGAAGAAAGACUUUGUGAGGAACCCAUUAAUGAGUUUGUUCAGAGCUAUGAUAUUGUUGUCUUCAACAAGAUCUAUUUCGAUAAUGCUGUUGUUGCAAUUUUGCUUUUGUUGCUGACAUGUUAA